AUGACAGUAACCCUUUUUGUAUACAGGAGUCAACUUUACGGCCAUCUAUCUAUCUAUCUAUCUAUCUAUCUAUCUAUCUAUCUAUCUAUAUCAGUCUCUUCAGAUCUAUCUAUCUAUCUAUCUAUCUAUCUAUCUAUCUCAGUCUCUUCAGAUCUAUCUAUCUAUCUAUCUAUCUAUCUAUCUAUCUAUCUAUCUAUCUAUCUCUAUUUCAUUAUCUAUCUAUCUAUCUAUCUAUCUAUCUAUAUAUCUCUUCAGAUUAUCUAUCUUAUCUAUCUAUCUAUCUAUCUAUCUAUCUAUCUCAGUUUUCUUCAUAAAAAAUAUCUAUCUAAUAUAUAUCUAUGUUCAUUAUCUAUCUAUCUAUCUAUCUAUCUAUGUCUGUUCAUUAUCUAUCUAUCUAUCUAUCUAUCUAUUUCAGUCUCUUCAGAUCUAUCUAUCUAUCUAUCUAUCUAUCUAUCUAUCUAUAGAUCUAUCUAUCUCAGUUUCUUCAUAUCUAUCUAUAUAUAUAUCUAUGUUCAUUAUCUAUCUAUCUCUGUUCAUUAUCUAUCUAUCUAUCUAUCUAUAGAUCUAUCUAUCUAUCUAUCUAUCUAUCUGUCCAUUAUCUAUCUAUCUAUCUAUCUAUUUCAGUCUCUUCAAAUCUAUCUAUCUAUUUAUCUAUCAGGAUGUUCCACAAUCUAUCUAUCUAUCUAUCUAUCUAUCUAUCUAUCUAUCUAUCUAUCUAUCUCAGCUAACCAUCUAUCUAUCUCUCUAUCUAUCUAUUUAUCUAUCUCAAUAUGGAAAUCUAUCUAUCUAUCUAUCUAUCUAUCUAUCUAUCUAGUCAUGACUGUUGAUAUCUAUUUAUCUAUUUUCCUAUCUAUGCUUUUUAAUAUCUAUCUACCUACCUAUGCUUCUUGUUAUCUAUCUAUCUAUCUAUCUAUCUAUCUAUCUAUCUAUCUAUCUGCACGUUUAUAUCUAUUUACUUCUUUUUUUUACACGUAA